AAGAUUGGAAGCUUCUUCGAUUUUUUUUUCAAUUGAGGAUUUUAAGAAACUUCACUGGAGAAUUUUGCAGAUGAUCGUAUCGCCUAAUAAAUUUCUACUGUCCGGUUAUCGGACCCGUGACAAUUUUGCUGGAAUAGGAGGAAAAGAACAAUUGGAUUCGUGACAUUUUUUAAACUGAAACUUUGUGUGGACUUAAAAAGGAUAAAUAUACUUGUGACUCAAGUGUUUUAGCUUCGUGAAAAUUUCAAGUUUCCAGAAAUUGCAUGCGGUAAUCCAUUUCUCCAGUGCCAUGCUGUCCCUCAAGUUCCUCUACAACACACCCCUGGGUUCCUUCGUGACGGGACUCAGGAAAAAGAAGCGCGAAGGCAAAUCCGGGAAGGAGAUAGUGCUCGCAGACCAGGACCCCACGCUGGACUUGGACCCGCUCAGGGCGGCCUACAUAUGUUCCAUCCCUAGGGCACAGUGGUUCAAAGGGGUUCUCUUGCAGGGAUACCUCGUCCACCCCAAUAUCUUACAGGGACUAGACGAUUUCGAAGUCAGGGACGAUGACGUAUUCAUCAUCACCUACCCAAAGUCAGGCACGACGUGGACCGAAGAAAUCCUUUCUCUAAUAUACAACGACGGCAAUCCAAACAAAGUGAAGAACAAGCUUCUCAACUACCGCGUCGAACACUUGGAGGUGGGUCGCCCCAUCGGACACAUGAGACACUUGAGGAAGCUAAAAUCUCCGAGGCUCAUGGCUACACACCUUCCACUGCCUCUCAUACCAAAGCAUCUGAGGCAAGGGAAAUGUAAAAUAAUCUACGUAGUUCGCAAUCCGAAAGACAACGCUGUGUCGUAUUAUCAUCAUCAUCGCAUGAGCACCUUCCUGGGCAACUAUAAAGGGUCUUGGGAUGAUUUUCUCCACCUCUUCAUGAAGGGUCAUCUUGUUUACGGCUCCUGGUUUGAGCAUGUCUUGCCUUAUUGGAGGUUUUAUCAAGAACACCCUGACAGAAUGCUUUUCAUAUCAUUCGAAGAUCUUAAAUUGGAUCUUCCAGGGAUGGUGUCCAAGAUUGCACAAUUCGUACAGCGCCCGCUCAGCCAAGGUGCUAUAGAUGCAAUUUCGAACCACUGUACUUUUGAGCAGAUGAAGAGCAACAACAUGGUCAACAGGGAGGUGCUGCCCAUAUCUGAUCUCUUUGACAUGACGCAGUCCAAGUUCAUGCGAAAAGGCAUCAUAGGAGACUGGAAGAAUUAUUUCACCGAAGAACAGAACCUCGCCUUCAGCAAGCUCUACAACGAAAAGAUGCACAACAGCGGAUUGGAUAUCAUCUUCGAACCAGAAGAAAUCGACAACAGGAACAACAACAGCGAAAUGACCUCGACGGAAAAGCAGAAGGACAUUCAGAACGGAAACAUCAGCAUCACAGAUCAGCACGCCACUUGAUAAAGAUUGUUGACCACAAGAAACAUUUUUAUGAAAAAGCAUUUACCUGUGACUGUCAACGUACUGAAAAGACUAAAAACAGUGCCUGUGGAUUCUUUCAAGCAGUAGAAAGUACUGUUCUUCAUGACCAUGACUUAUUGACCAAUGAUGAAUCUACACACUGUGUGCAAGACUGUUUUUGCUUUUAUGGACUUGCUGUACAUAAGUCAACCGAUUUUUGUGAAUAUGGAGUUUGUUCCAGCGCUUUAAGAAAAUGUGACUAUUGUGUGCUUUGCUAUGGUUAUAAAUUGCAGCUUAUAAUAUGGUAACCCUCAAUAGAAUUUCCUUAACAGUGGCCGUCGCUUACUUACAAAUUAGGGAAUUAAACUGCUAAUCGUCAUUGAAAAUUGGAAUCUAGUAGAUAAGUUACUGAGUCCGCCGCUUAUUGCAUCAUAUUCCUCAGUACCUGAUACUAAUGCAUACACUUAGGCUUUUUAGAGUUAACAUUUUUAGCAAAAGUAACUUCAGAACUUGUAGAGAGAGAUUUCAUUCUGCAUCCGACUAUGAUGAAUGCUAGCUAUGUUCUCUUUAUUGCCAAGCAGUUAUUAAAGCGGCUCUUUUACGGUUGAAUGAUAUUUGCCAUUAAGAAUUGAAUAAUUGUAAUAUUUUUUCACACGGUAUUGAAACGAUUAACUCAUCAGUAAGAAUAAUUAUAAUAUCCUCUAAUAUGAGAGAGGAAUGAAGUCUGGUGGACUGGUGAAGUCAAACAGAGCGGCGACCACUGCACGAGUAAAACCAACCAACAAUAGGCUCUAGGUCUAACUAGGCAUCCAGUCCCUACAGUGGCUAGUCUACCCAUAUGUAAUAACCACUGUACCCACCCUAGUCCCAGUAAAUACCUAUUUAAUUAUUCAUUGUUAAAAUAUCCUGUUCAUAUGCAUGUAACCCAUCUUUGAAUAAGGCUUCCUUAGUACCCUAAAACGUAGCGUUUAAUGGUAGUCAUUUUUAAAAGAGUACCGUUUAACUUUUUAAAUAAAAAUACAGAUUUAAGCAAAUAUAUUUUUAACUAAAUAUGUAUUCUACAUAAAUUUAGAGUUUUUAAGUAUAUUUUAGAAAUUAGUCAGAGUUCCAUUUUUACUCUUAGAAUAGUUUAAUGAGCAAUUCCCUCAUAAAUUUAUCACGACUACAGGUAGGGAAAAAUGCUGUAUAUCACGAAAGUAACCAACGUUUUGAAAUUAUUUUGCAUCUAUACCAAGAAUUCUUAGACAUACAUGCACAAAUAUAUCUAAACAGCAAUUUUUUUUUCUUCAGAAAACUAGUUAAAAGAACCAUUUUUUUCAAGAAAUGAUAAAAAAAUAUCAAAAGGAUAUCAUUUUCAUGUAAAAUAUGUUUAUUACGUGUGUAUAUAAAUUAAUACUCAUCUAGAGCAAAAAAGAUAUAUAGUAUUUUUUAACUGAAUUACGAUGAAAUGUUUUGCUGAUUUUGAAAAAUUAAAUCUAUAUGUAUGUAUACUUUAUUGUUGUUCUAGAAGAUUUUUUUAUUGUGUACAGGGUUCAUAAUUAA